GUUUAGGUUAAAUGACCUGACGUCGGUUGUUCAUUCACAUAAUGUGUUUAUAUUAUCAAUGUGUGUUUAUUUUUCAUUAGUAAUGUAGCAUUUAAGAACUAAACGGAGUUAUAAAAAUUAUAUUGUUUGUCGUUUUAUUAGGAACGUGUUGCGCUGAAAUUAAGAUAACUGGGAGUUUUGCAGUUAAACAGACAUUAAUAAAUAGGUAUAUAGUUAUCUGAAGAGAGAAUAAUAUCAGCACCUUAAUUUGCAACCAAUUGUAUUACAUAGCGCAAUGACUUCGGCUUUGUACUUGGAGCAUUAUUUAGACAGUUUGGAACAUUUACCCAUAGAAUUACAACGAAAUUUUACCCUAAUGAGAGACUUGGAUACAAGGGCCCAAGGUUUAAUGAAGAAUAUUGACUCAUUAGCUGAUAAUUAUCUGCGAAAUCAGAAAAAUUUAAUACCAGAAGAAAAGAAAGAAGAGCUAGAUAAAAUACAAAGUCUCUUCAACAAAGCCAAGGAAUAUGGCGAUGAUAAAGUACAGUUAGCAAUACAGACUUACGAAUUAGUUGACAAACAUAUAAGAAGAUUAGAUUCAGAUUUAGCAAGAUUUGAAGCUGAAAUUCAAGAUAAAGCAAUCAGCCAAUCUAGAAAUCAAGAAGAAAAUUCUGUUGGUAAAAAAGGAAGGAAGAAAAUUAAAGAUGUUAAAGAUAAUAAGAAAAAGCGGUCAGGGAAUUCGAGUGAAGAAGAUUCAACUGGUACAGGAAGAGGAAUAAAAAAGAAAAAACAAAAAGGUUCAAGUACUAUAUCUGCCAUCAGUGGUGGAACAGUUUCUGUUACAAAAGCUGCAGAUGCAGUUUUGCCAGCACUUGCAGGAAUUGCGCACCCUAGUGAUGUUUUGGACAUGCCAGUAGAUCCUAAUGAACCUACAUAUUGUCUUUGCCACCAAGUGUCUUAUGGAGAGAUGAUUGGCUGUGAUAAUCCAGAUUGUCCAAUUGAAUGGUUUCAUUUUGCUUGUGUUGGUUUAACAACAAAACCAAAAGGUAAAUGGUAUUGUCCAAAAUGUACUCAAGAUAGAAAAAAGAAAUAAGCAGUUAAAGGCAAUCAUUCCACCUAAUUUAUACAAACUAAAUUUCUAUUUAUAACUUUUUUAUUUUGAUUAAACAUGUAUUU